AUGCCAGAAGCCGGGAGAAAGCCGGCUCCCUCCUUCACGAAGAAGCCACGGAGCACAGUGUUCAACGUGGGCAGUGAUGCCACAUUCACGGCGGAGACAGAGAAAGGGGUGGCAAAGGUGAGAUGGCAGCGGCAUGGUGCGGACAUGGCAGCGAGUGAGCGAUGGACCAUCAGUUCAGAAGGCACCAAGCACACCCUAACCAUCCAUGCAGUGAGCAGCCUUGACAGCGGAGUCUACACAGUCAUUGCGGGAAGCUCAAAGGUCAAAUUUGAGCUGAAGGUCAAGGAGCCAGAGGACAGUGGAUGUGGCUCAUUACCUCCAGGGGAAGCAGAACAAAAACCGACAAGAGAUGCACAGACAGCCUCUGUCACCGGGAAUGUUUCAUCAACAGCCAGCAGAGAGGCAGCAGCUGGAGAGCUGAGCGGACAGAAGGUUCCAGAAUCUCACAGCACGGAUCAGGAAGUGUGUGACAGCGAGAAAGUUCCAGCGUCUUCUGGAACAGCCCUGAAGAGGGGCAGUGUCGAGGGGGCAUCUUCCCAAGCUGGUGUUCCCUUGUUUCUGGAAAGACCCCAGUCUGGGACAGUGACUGUCGUGUUUCUAGUUCGCUUGGGUUUUGAAAUUAGCACCGAUGGGGGAGAAGAAGCUGGUGAACUGGACUUCAGUGGACUCCUCAAGAAGAGGGAUGUGAAGGUGGAGGAAGGGCCAAAGAUUGAUGUUUGGGAGAUUCUCCAGAAUGCUCCGCCCUCUCAGUAUGAGAAGAUAGCUUUCCAGUAUGGAAUCACAGACCUGCGUGGGAUGCUCAAGCGUCUGAAACGAAUGAGGAAGGAUGAGAAGAAAGGCACAGCCUUCCUGACCAAGUUAGCUGGGGCCUACCAGGUGGACAAGAGCCAGAAGCUGAAGCUGAUGGUGGAAGUGGCCAAUCCAGAUGCAGAGGUGAAGUGGCUGAAGAAUGGCCAAGAGCUGCAUCCCAGUGGCAGUAAGUUUAUCUUUGAGAACAUUGGUUACAAGCGGAUGCUGACGAUUAACCACUGCUCACUGGCUGAUGAUGCAGCUUAUCAGUGUGUGCUGGGAGACGAGAAGACUAUCACAGAGCUCUUUGUCAGAGAGCCCCCGGUGCUGAUCACUCACUCCCUUGAGGAUCAGGUGGUAAUGGUGGGCCAGAGAGUGGAGUUUGAGCUCGAGGUGUCUGAGGAAGGGGCUCUUGUCAAGUGGGAACGGAACGGCCAGGAGCUGAGACGGGAGGAGACUUUCAAAUACCGGUUCAAAAAAGAUGGCAAAAAACAUGUUCUGUUCAUCAACGAGGCCACCAAAGAGGAUGCUGGUCACUACACUGCCAAAACCAAUGGAGACCAGUCUGUGGCUGAGCUCCUGGUCCAAGAGAAACAGCUGGAGGUUUAUCAGGAUAUUGCAGAUCUGACAGUGAAGGCUGAGGAACAGGCUGUCUUCAAGUGUGAAGUGUCUGAUGAGGAAGUCAAAGGGACGUGGCUUAAGAAUGGUGUGGAAGUUGUUCCCAGUGACAGAAUGCAAAUCACACACAUUGGCAGAAUCCACAAACUAGUGAUUGAUAAUGUGAGACCUGAAGAUGAAGGCGAUUACACCUUUGUACCUGAGGGCUUUGCCUUCAACCUCUCAGCCAAGCUGAACUUUCUGGAGGUUAAAAUUGACUACGUGCCCCGGCAAGAUCCCCCCAAAAUCCACCUGGACUGUUUUGGCAGAAUUCCUGAUGCCACAAUCAUUGUUGUGGCUGGGAACAAGCUACGGCUGGAUGUGCCCAUCACUGGAGACCCAGACCCUACUGUCAUCUGGACUAAGGCUGACCAGGUGAUCACAGAGCUGGAUGGACGUGUCUACAUUGAGAAACACCCUGACCACUGCGUGUUCAUUGUGGAGGGAGCAGAGCGAUGUGAUCAAGGUGUCUACACCGUGCUAGUGAAGAACCCAGCAGGGGAAGAUCGAGCUGAUAUUACUGUCAAAGUGGUUGAUGUCCCAGAUCCCCCUGAUGCUCCGCGAGUCCUCAGUGUUGGUGAGGACUGCUGUACGAUCCAAUGGGAGCCCCCAGCAUUUGAUGGAGGUCAACCUGUGCUGGGAUACGUGCUGGAAAGGAAGAAGAAGAACAGUUAUCGGUGGAUGAGGCUGAACUUUGACCUGUGGAAGGAGACGACAUACGAGGCGAAGCGAAUGAUUGAAGGGGUUGUCUAUGAGAUGAGAGUCUAUGCUGUCAACUCGAUUGGCAUGUCGCGGCACAGCCAGGCAUCCAGACCCUUCGUACCAAUUGCUCCCACUAGUGAGCCCACUAAUCUGACUGUGGAGAAUGUAAGUGACACAACCAUCUCUCUUAAGUGGAGAGCUCCAGAGAAGGUGGGAGCAGCUGGAUUGGAUGGAUACCUGGUGGAGUAUUGUAAGGAGGGAUCAAAUGACUGGCUACCUGCUCAGCAAGGACUCACUGAUCGUAACUCCAUCCUUAUCCGUGACCUGCCCACGGGGGAGAGGAUGCAUUUCCGAGUGAGAGCCAUCAACAUGGCAGGACCGAGUGCUGCAGCCUCACUGAGCCAGGCUGUCACCAUCCGGGAAAUAGUCCAGCAGCCCAGGAUCUGCCUGCCUCGCAACCUCCGACAGAAGGUGCUGAAAGUGGUGGGAGAGACAGUGAACCUCAUGAUCGCCUUCCAGGGCAAGCCCAGACCAGAGGUCAGCUGGCUGAAAGAUGGACAGCCUCUCAAUCUGCAGAACAUCACAGUCCGUAACAGUGACAGCGACACCAUUCUGUUUAUCCGCAGUGCGGAGCGUGGACAUUCAGGAAUCUACCAAUUGAAGGUAGAAGUUGAGAGCGCCCAGGACACAGCCAGUAUCCACAUCCAGGUCAUAGACAGGCCAGGACCCCCUGUCGCUGUGAAGAUCCGCGAGGUGUGGGGUUUGAAUGUGGCUCUGUCCUGGCUACCCCCCAAGGAUGAUGGCAACUGUGAGAUCACUGGGUACACCAUCCAGAAGGCUGACAAGAAGACCAUGGAGUGGUUCGUGGUGUACGAACGCUGUCGACGGACUGAGUGCUCAGUGUCGGAGCUGGUCAUGGGAAAUGAGUAUUUCUUCAGGGUUUUCACAGAGAAUCUGUGUGGUCUGAGUAAGGAGGCUGCUCAGUCUAAGGACAGUGUCUACAUCCAGAAGCCAGGGAGACAGUACAAACCACCCAGCUACAAGGAGCCUGACUUCACUGAGCCCCCCAAGUUCACCCGACCCUUGAUCGAUCGCUCAGUAAUUUGUGGGUACAACGCCACACUGAGCUGUGCUCUGCGAGGAACACCCAAGCCCAAGGUGGUGUGGUGUAAGAACCAGCUGGACCUAUCUGGUGACCCGCGAUACAGGAUGUUCAGUAACCAAGGAGUACUGACCCUGGAGAUCCGCAAACCGAGCCCCUUCGAUGCUGGAAUCUACAGCUGCCUGGCUAGCAACCCCCUGGGAGAGGCCAGGAGUGAUUGCAAGCUGGAGGUCCGAGUGCCAUAGUAGCCUACCACAGGUCUCCAGCAGGCAUUGGAGAUUUCAGGCCUGGGUUCACCGGCUAAGGAUACAGAGGAAGACAAUCACCCCAACAUGAAGGCUGAAGUAUUGGAGAGGACGGAGAUGGUGAACCUCAGCCAAGUGUUCAGUCUCCAGGUUUUCGAUCUCUGAUUGGAGUUAUAGCGUUCCUACCAGACGUCCAAAGCCACCCGGCUCUGAAGUUCUCUCUCUCGUGUGUGUGUGUGUGUGGGCGCAUUUUUAGUCAACCUGAGGCUCUGAUAUCACCCAGUUGUGUCAUGGUUUUAUUCUUGAGUAUGCUCCUUCUCUUGCAGUUACCCAGAACCUUCUGAGUGUGAUUGCACAGAGAGUGACCAUUAAAGGACAUCACCCUCUGUUCCUCCCUGUUCCCAGGACGAUGUGUGUCCAGUUGCACUGUGUGUGUAAUGAUUUGU